AUGCACCCUGUGCUGAAAGCCUUUGUUUGUGGCUCCAUCAGUGGAACCUGUUCCACAUUGCUAUUCCAGCCUCUAGACCUCCUUAAAACCCGGCUACAGACCCUGCAACCAUCUGUCAAUGGGUCAGGUCGUGUUGGGAUGGUCAGUCUGCUCUUUAAGGUUGUUCGCACAGAAAGCAUCCUGGGGCUGUGGAAAGGUGUUUCUCCUUCAUUUGCAAGAUGCAUCCCAGGAGUGGGGAUUUACUUCAGCACUUUAUAUAUGAUAAAGCAGCAGCUUCUGCUGGAUCGUUCCCCUACAGCUUUUGAAUCGGGUCUGCUGGGUGCAACCUCUCGUACCGUAGCAGUCGUUUGCAUGUUGCCUGUCACAGUAGUGAAAACACGAUACGAGAGUGGAAGGUAUGGCUAUGAGAGCGUACAUGGAGCCCUGAGAAAUAUCUACCGGUCAGAAGGGGUCCACGGCUUGUUUAGUGGCUUGACAGCAACACUCCUGCGAGAUGCGCCCUUCUCUGGCAUCUAUCUGAUGUUCUACACGCAGACCAAGAAGAUUGUCCCUUAUGAUCAGUUGGAUCCAGCACUCACACCUUUAGUGAACUUUGGCUGUGGAACGUUUGCUGGAAUUCUGGCAUCUCUGGCUACGCAGCCUGCUGAUGUCAUCAAAACCCAUAUACAGCUGUCAUCUGAAAAGCACCAUCGGACAGGAGAAGCAAUUUCCUUCAUUUUCAGGGAUUAUGGGCUGGCGGGCUUCUUCCGCGGUGCUGUCCCAAGAGCUUUGCGGCGCACACUGAUGGCAGCUAUGGCGUGGACUGUGUAUGAACAGAUGAUGUCAAAAAUGGGCUUGAAAUCUUGAAUGACUUGUGCUGGAAGACAAAUAACCUGACUUUGGUUCU